AUGGAGGUCCCUAGUAGCGACAACGGACUUGCUACUUUCUCACAAUUCCCCGUCACGAAGAAGAACGGCAGGCAUUCUAGAAACCCAGCUACAGGUACCCCGUUAAGAGUUGAUCCGGAUGACGUAUCCAAUGACGCGACCUCUGCUCACUUCACAGCUCACUGUCAUAUACAAUCAAAGACAUUGAAAAGAGCCCUCGUCUUCAGUCGUAGGCGUACUUUAGAUAUCUUUUUCAUUGGUUGCCUCGCUAACGCCUUCUUUUGCAUCAUAAUUGUAUUCGGCAUACUGAGGCAGUCUGGUUUAACUGCUACGACGACGACCCUCGAAGACGAAAGAAUAGGGGCCUUACGCAUGCCGUUUUUAAUCAAGAACCAGACUUUGCAGAAAGAGUUGUACAAUGCUUCGAUGGCUGUAGAUUCUGGGCCCCUUGCUGUUGAUACCGUCGUAGAAUCGUUUGUAAUCAGUAGCGGCCGUACAUCUGACCGAGCCUUCAACCAGAUUAUGCAGGUCACCGAAAGGUUCUCGGCCUGCAUCCUGUUUAUGGACGACAAUCCCCGUCUUGUGGAGUGGCUAGCCUACCAUUUCUUUGCCUUAAACUUGCGCGAAGUUGUCGUGGCCGUCGAUCCCCGAAGCAAGUCGAGUCCGUGGCAGUCUCUAGAACGCUGGACGCCGUACAUGAAUAUCACUGUCUGGAACGACACCGACUUCGGCUUUGUGGUUGACCAAUAUAUUACGGUCAACGGAACUCGCAAGCAAAAAAUUGAUGUACAUCGUGGGAGACAAAAAUUCUUUUACGGAAAAUGUAUAAAGUAUCUACAAGGACGAAAUCGGACAUGGACCGCAUUCCACGACAUCGAUGAGUAUAUCACUGUUGACGAGCGGGUCGUUUUCGAUGCCAAAGAGCGUAGUUCCAAGCCUGGAAGCGUCUUGCAGAUGCUUCAAGAGGUGAAGAGCAUGAAACCUGUUCCUGACGGUUGGACCGAGAGCUGUGUCCCCGUCCCACGGUGUCGUUUCUCAGCUGUGGAAAGCCAACCAGAAGAGGUAAGCCUGGAGGUCCCUCCUCUUAUUGAUGCAAAACAGCUCGAAACUCUACGCUGGAGGUAUCGCUCUUUAAAAGGUCGAGAUGGUCAGCCAAAAUCUAUUGUUGAUAUUUCCGAAGUCACGCUGCACAGAAAUACUAAGUUCGGCCCUCAUGCAGUUAUCCUUGGAAUUUGUCCCCCGCAUCUUUUUGAUCGCAGUUUUUUAGUGAUAAAUCACUACUUGGGCGACUGGGAUAUGUAUUUGUUUGUGGAGCGUGUACUCUUUCUACUCCCGCAACCUUUACGUCUUGUUUACCAUGAAAGUUCGUUUCGCGAUGAUUGUCGCAUAGGCAGCAUGAAAAACAGAGAGGCUUGGGAAUUCCGAUCCAGCGAGAGUGAAGGCGGUACAACCGACCAGAUCCGACCUUGGAUUGGUGGGUUUGUAGCAGCCAUGGGCGAAGAACGCGCGUUGCAGUUGUUGAAAGAUGUUGGACUGCCAAAGAAUUACACGAACCCUUACAACAAAACGGAAUGGAGGAUUGAACAAAGCACGUUGGAUGCCUUGUUGAAAAAGCGCCCGAGAAGGGCUACGAACUACGUCAAGUUUCUUGAGCAGCGGAUUAGGCAAUCCAAUAUAAAUCAUUCGACUGAUUAUAAUUAG